AUGGCAAGUUCUGAAGAAAAAAAAGUGCCACUCAAUGAAGCCGUUCGAUCGGCAUCGGAAGCAAUGAAUCGUCAUGACGAUGACAUUCGUUCUUUACAAAAAAACGUUACUUCUCUUCAAACUCAACUUCAAACAAGUCUUGACAAACUAGACAAACGGCUUGCCAACGACCUACGCACACUCCGUCAUGAAAUAGCCACAAUUCGACAAAGCUUGGUUCAAGAAGGUUCACAAGCAAAUACGUCCACACCAGCUACUGACGAUGUUUCUGAACAACCCACACAUCAACCCUUCACCUUCACGACUUCUGAUGAUGCUCGAGCUGCACUAAUACCAUCUGCUCCGAACACAAUUAUUGUUCCACCAAUCUCGUCUUUUCCAACAUUCUCUGGUAAACCAACUGAUCGACCACGACAGUUUUUAUUACGUGUGGGAAAAUAUACUCGAACUGUCAACAAAUGGUCAACUACUACUCUACUUAAAGGUAUUUCACAAUUCCUAAAAGAUUCUGCAUUAGAAUGGUAUUGUCAACUACACGUUACGAACACUUUACCUACAGAUUGGGAACAAUUUGUGACUCGCUUCCUUGCUCAAUUUCACUCACCUAUUCGAAUCGCUCAACAAGAACAUGAAUGGGAUGAAUGUAAACAAACUGAAAAUGAAACCAUCAAUGAAUUUGUCGUUCGAUUACGGUCCAUUUGGUUCGAACAAAAACCGGACGAGAUAAAAUCUGAUUUUAUCAAACAUUUAUUUUGCAAAAUGCGACCAGAUAUGUUAACACUCAUGAAUGCUACUCGAUCAGCCUCAUUAGAUUUCAUGCGUUAUAGCGUUUUCCGGGAAAUUCAUUUUUGA